AUGAGUACAACAGCCAGCUCACGAUCGCAACAAAAAGAUACUAAUGGUAAUCAAUAUGCAAGUUCAGAAGCAACAUCAAGUUUUGUUGGCUUUGCUAAUUUACCAAAUCAAGUUCAUCGAAAAAUAGCUAAACGUGGUUUCGAGUUUACACUAAUGGUUGUUGGUGAAAGUGGCCUUGGUAAAGCAACAUUAAUCAAUAGUUUAUUCUUAACCGAUCUUUAUCCAGAACGUCAUAUACCUACUGCUCAAGAAAAAAUUCAUCAAGGAGUCAAAAUUGAAGCUUCAACUGUUGAAAUCGAGGAACGUGGUGUUAAAGUACGUUUAACAGUUGUUGAUACACCUGGCUAUGGAGAUAGUAUCAAUACAACUGAUUGUUAUAAAUCUAUCAUUAACUAUAUUGAUAAUCAAUUCGAACGUUAUUUAAACGACGAAAGUGGUCUUAAUCGUCGAAAUAUAUCCGAUAAUCGUGUCCAUUGUCUUUUCUACUUUAUUUCGUCCUUUACUCGAGGACUCAAACCAUUAGAUAUUGAAUGUAUGAAACAAUUACAUCAUAAAGUUAAUAUUGUACCAAUAAUUGCAAAAGCUGAUGCACUUACACCUGAUGAACUUUCUCAGAUGAAACAAAACAUUCUUGAGCAAAUCCGCGAUCAUCAUAUUCAAAUUUAUCAAAUACCUGAGUGUGAUUCGGAUGAAGAUGAAGAAUUUAAAGAACAAAAUCGAAAAUUGAAAAAUGCUGUACCAUUUGCAGUUAUAUCAUCAGCACAAACACUUGAAGUUAAAGGAAAAAAAGUACGUGGUCGAAUGUAUCCAUGGGGUCUAGUUGAAGUAGAAAAUGCCGAUCAUUGUGACUUUAUUAAACUUCGAACAAUGCUUAUAACACAUAUGCAAGAUUUACAAGAAGUAACACAUGAAAUUCAUUAUGAGAAUUAUCGUUCAGAAAAACUUCAACCGAAGAAUAAACAAUUACGUACGAAUGAUACGGAUGUUGAUGAACAGCAGAAGAAAUUAAUCAAAGAAAAAGAUGAUGAGCUUCGACGAAUGCAAGAUAUGCUCACAAAAAUGCAAGGUCAAUUGGCUGAAAAGCAACAAUUGGCUACGCCGUAA